AUUGAAGGGAGAUCUAGCUGUUGACUUGUUUAACAAAAAUGAGGCCCAUUUUUUGUGGUAACUUCGAAUAUGAUGCUCACCAAUCUGAGAUCGAGCGACUUUUCAACAGAUAUGGGAGGGUUGAAAGAGUAGACAUGAAAUCAGGAAUGUAUUGGAUCACACAUGCUCUUCCUGGCUGAUGGGCUGUGCAUCGCCUUUCUUGCCUGAGCUCGAGUCUCAUCUUGUGUAUUUCCAGGAGCUGAUCUGUUCCACCAUUCAUUAUGGCAUCUGUUCACCUGGAAACAUUUCCCCAAGAGACCAUUGCCUUUCAUUUUCCAUGAACUUUGACCACUGUCCCAAUCUGCUCAUUUUUCCAUGCCGAUCUCGCGGCCAGGCUGGAGAAUAGAUGGCGAACACAUAAUCUGUUCGAUGGCCUACCACGAGAGACCUUCUUUUGGAUUGUUAUACCAUGACGUCAUUUAGUUCUACACAUGAGGUCUGUUGUUGAUUUUCUUGUCCGCUAGUUUCUAGCAUUCACAGAGAUGGAGAGAUGUUAUGCAAAUGUCUUUGCAGAGUCUUUGAAUGUUUCAUUGGAGCCAUAGGAUUUGCAUUUAUCUACAUGGAUGAUGAACGUGAUGCUGAGGAUGCAAUUCGAGCACUUGAUCGGACUGAAUUUGGUAGACAAGGGCGACGACUACGUGUUGAGUGGACAAAGCAAGAACGUGGUGGUAGGCGAUCUGGCAGUUCAAGAAGAUCUCCAGCCAAUGUGAGGCCAACGAAGACCUUGUUUGUCAUAAAUUUUGAUCCAAUCAAUACCAGGAUGAGAGACUUGGAGAGGCAUUUUGAACCAUAUGGAAAAAUUUUGAAUAUUAGGAUUAGAAGAAAUUUUGCUUUCAUCCAGUUUGAAUCACAGGAGGAUGCCACCAAAGCAUUGGAUGCUACCAACAUGAGCAAGUUGAUGGAUCGGGUUAUUUCAGUGGAGUAUGCCCUCCGCGAUGAUGAUGAAAGAAGAAAUGGGUACAGCCCUGACAGAAGAGGCCGGGAUAGAUCUCCAGAGAGGAGGAGAAAUGAUCGUGGGCGAUCUGCAAGUCCCUAUGGUAGAGGCAGGGAGAGGGCUAGCCCUGAUUAUGGUCGUGGUCCCAGCCCAUAUAACAAACCUGAACAAAGGGGUAGUCCUGAUUAUGGUAGAGCUGAAAGCCCUGUUUAUGAGAGGCAUCGCAGUCGCUCACCCAGGCAGGAGAGAUCUUAAGAUCGGCUCCGGUACCAUGUGAUUUUCUGCUCUCUGUUUGUGGUACAGGUAAAUUGUUUAUGGUAUGCUCGGCAUAGAUCUUUCUUUAGGUACUUCAAACAUAACAGACUGACAAAUUUCUGGGACCAUGCACUUCUUUUUGCAUUAGGGCUUAUAUAUCAUGUAAUUUGCUGCAGUAUGGAUUUGUUGUUUACUCAUACAAUUGGACAAAAAAAGAAAAAAAGUUCAGUUCAAUGUUCGAAUCAGUUUUUAAA